AUGGCACCGCCGGUUCCUACUCGGCAUCGAAAGGUGUGUCUUGAGCCGAGAAAAUACGAAAAUACAGGCGAACGUUUCUGUGCGGCUGGGGGAGAGUAUUAUUCUCCUCCACACACGACACGAAUGGACUGCAUCGGACCGGUGCAGCCUCCGGGAUAUCGCACGUAUCGCGAUUCAUCGCCGUAUCCGUUUCCCCAUCCAACUCAUUCCACACCAUCUGGUUACUACAACACAACCCCGACACUGGUAUCUAGUUGUCACACGCGCACACAUACACAUAUACAAACACAUACCCCUGAACUACGCGACGCAGCGUGGAGUGAAGUCGUGAGGUCGCAAUCGGUGCAAUCGAAUGAGAGAAUGCCCCCACCGCAGCAUCUUCCGUACAGUGGCAGAGAGUACGGUAUCUUGCCCCCACGGAUGCCUCCGCGCACCUCUUCCAGCCCGUGUCGUGCCGGAGUGCCUACGUACCAGUCGACUCCGGUCAGCACCAUGCCCGAGCACUACCGGGGCGAAUAUCACGGGUUCACAGCCGAAGAACGAUCGGGGUAUUACACAGGCUACCGGCGAGCGUCAAAUGCGUUGAAUUGCCCUCCCACGAAAACAGUGGUAGCGUCCACCAGCAAAGUAACGGAUGAUGGGGCCUCGUUCACGUCGGAAUCGUGGGAUGAGCAGCAUCAGCUUUUCGUAAGGGCGUCCAUGAAAAAGAGAAGAGCUCCGUCUACUACAUCCUUCCCGUCCAAAUUACACAAAAUUAUAUCCAACCCUCUCCACCGAGAAUUUAUAGACUGGCUGCCCCAUGGUAGAGCAUGGAGAAUUUUGAAGCCAAAGAUGUUUGAGAAGGAUGUGAUUCCUAAGUUCUUUCGUUCGGAGCGAUACGCAUCCUUUAUGCGACAGGUAAACGGCUGGGGUUUCAAACGUAUCACGGAGGGUCCGGAUCUUAACUCCUACUACCACGAGCUAUUCCUACGUGGGCUCCCUGAUAUCUGCCUUAAAAUGCAGCGUGUCACCUGCAAAGCGAAACCCACUGACGGUGCGGAGUUUGGCGAGUGUCCAGACUUUUACAAAAUCAGUAUGUUUGCUCCGCUACCUGACCCUGACCUGCAAGACGAAGAAACAGCAGCAGCAACCCCGAAGACAAUUGUCACCAAAGAUUCUUCGACCAAGCUAUACAAGCGACCAAGCUCUCCAUCAUCACUAAGUACUAUGAGCGGAUCUGCCGGGUUGCACGAUGACAUGGCCAUGACGAACGCUAUGGAGCCUCUUACACCAGUUCGUUCCGUGCAUUCCCCCGCUCCAAAUACGUCUCCUCUACCUUUCCAUGCUUCUUUGGCCAAUUCUCCGUCGCUUGGAUAUAAUAGUAGCAACGUUAGCUUGAGUUCGUUCGGGGCAACGCACGAAGAGCUGAUGUGGGGCACUGGACCUUUUUCAUCCUUGCAUCAUCGUGCCGAAUCUCUCGGGGCUAGCGGUGGCCAUGUGACACCUCCGUCAAGUAGACAAUUCUAUCAGUCAACGCGGUCUGAAUCACACCACGAAGAUACGAGCGGCCUUUCCGCAGCAGACUUAUGCUAUUUGACCCAUCAGAACCGGGUUCUUUUACACCAAGCAAAAGGUUUCCGUAACGACAAUGAGUAUCAGGGAGUUUGA